UUUAAUCCCUCUAUCAAACAGAGUUAAUCAAGCACUUCACUUCAGCAAAGGAGCAAUACAACUAUCCCCUCGAUCGUCCUCUCUUCCCAGAUUCAAAGUCUAAAGUUCUGGAAACACCUCUUACCUCACAGAUAUAAAGCAGCCUCGCUGGGUAUCUCCAUUCGUUGUUUCCGAUUCUGAUAUUUACCAUUCGAUGAGGCUUCUGCAGUUGGGCUUGUUGCUUUCCUUGGCAUCUGGAUUUGCCGCCAUUAUCAUUUACAUUACUGGAGUCUCUAAUCCCUCUGUAUAUGAGAGCUAUCAGCUAACAGACAAUGAGAUAGAAGCGUUGCUAUCUUUGCAGAACCGUUUCCAGCAGUGCGUGAGUGCAAAUGGUCUAGGCCUCAAAGCUGUUCGGGGCAGAGAUUAUUGCCAAACCACAAUAAACUUCCCUAGUGAUACUAUCCCAAAAUGGAGAGAUCCCAAAACUGGUGAACUGGAAGCUUUAUCCUUUGAUUUCAAUCUAUGUGAAGCUGUGGCAACAUGGGAACAGGUGAGGAAUAGCACCACAAUACUCACCAAGGAAUUCAUUGAUUCUUUGCCAAAUGGAUGGGAGGAAUAUGCAUGGCAGAGGAUAAACAAAGGAGCACUUCUCAACCACUGUGAGAACAAGACCUUAUGCAUGGAGAAACUUUCACUGGUUCUCCCGGAGACACCACCAUAUUUCCCAAGGCAGUUUGGACGCUGUGCUGUCAUUGGUAAUUCAGGAGAUCUCUUGAAGACAAAGUUUGGGAAGGAGAUAGAUGGCUAUGAGGCUGUAAUCAGAGAAAAUGGUGCUCCAACACAGAACUACACUGAAUAUGUGGGUAAAAAGAACACAUUUCGUCUUCUUAACCGGGGAUCUGCCAAAGCACUUGACAAAGUUGCAGAGUUAGAUGAACAAAGGAAGGAGGUUUUGAUAGUAAAAACUACAAUUCAUGACAUUAUGAGCAAAAUGAUUCGGGUUUGUUUCCUUAGUUACAUACCCACAAACAUCUCACACCAUUGGAGUCAAUUGUCUAAUCAAGUCUGUUUUUUUUUUUUUUUUGGCUUCUGUCUUCUGCAGGAAGUGCCCAUAACAAAUCCGGUAUAUCUUAUGCUAGGCGCAUCCUUUGGUUCAGCAGCAAAAGGAACAGGUCUUAAGGCUCUUGAAUUUGCUCUCUCUAUAUGUGAAUCAGUUGAUAUGUACGGCUUCACUGUGGAUCCUGGAUAUAAAGAAUGGACUCGAUAUUUCUCUGAAUCUCGUAAAGGUCAUACCCCAUUGUAUGGAAGAGCUUAUUACCAGAUGAUGGAGUGUUUAGGACUUAUCAGAAUUCAUUCUCCCAUGCGUGCUGAUCCAAAUCGUGUUGUAAAAUGGGUUCCAGAUCAUCACACUAUUAGAGCAGCCAGGACUGCGUCAGAGAAAUUGUUGAGGAGAGUUGGAGCAGGAUCAGAAGAUCCACUGGGUGCGUGUUCCAUCAUAAAGAAGCAAGUUAAAAGAAAUCCAAGCGCAGUUUUAAAGCUCAGAAAAGCGGCACUUGACCAACUUAAGUAUGUGAAGGGCACAACAAUGUAUCCUCUGGAGCAUAGUCCCGGACAUGGGUUGCUUUGCACUGUCCCAGAUGAUUGAGCUGUAAAGAAAUUUGAUUAUUUUGACUCGUGCUUGUAGGAAAUCAUCUAACCAGUGGUUUUCCUUACAAAUCUUCUGUUUUAUUCAUCUUUCGCCAAAAAUUUUGUCAGUCUACUUGAUAAAGUGAAGCAUCUCCUCUUCCGCCUACUGGCAGGGCCGCCAAUUUUUUGUUUGCUCAUUCUUUGUUCUGUUUUAGACUUCUUAAAGGAUAACAGGUGAUCAAUGAAGUCAUAUCACAAAGGCUAGGAGAAAAGCUAGCGAUAUCUGUAAUGUUGAGUUUGAGUUUUAAUUAUUUGAAUUUUUUCCCUCGUGUAUGAUUAACAUUUCAUCAUUAACAUUUUUUUGACAA